GUGGCAAGGCGGAGCCUCCCCAGACGUGUAUAUAAGGCUGCAGCGCCAGACCAAGAGCACCAGUUCCUGCUUAACUCCUCAGCAUGAACACAAAGGUUAUUGUCUCCGCCGUCCUGGCGGUCCUCUUCGCUGUGGUCGUCGCCGACCCAGAGCCCCAGCCCGAGGCUGAGCCCGGACGCUUCCGCGGCUUUGGUGGCGGUGGCUUUGGCGGCUUUGGCGGACAUGGCGGUGGUUACUACCGCGGAAAGAGGAGCGCCGAUGCCGACCCAGAGCCUCAGCCCGAGGCUGAGCCCGGACGCUUCCGCGGCUUUGGUGGCGGUGGCUUUGGCGGCUUCGGCGGACAUGGCGGUGGUUACUACCGCGGAAAGAGGAGCGCCGAUGCCGACCCAGAGCCUCAGCCCGAGGCUGAGCCCGGACGCUUCCGCGGCUUUGGUGGCGGUGGCUUUGGCAGCUUUGGUGGCUUUGGCGGACAUGGGGGUGGUUACUACCGCGGAAAGAGGAGCGCCGAUGCCGACCCUGAGCCCGGUCACUUCGGAAGCUUUGGUGGACGUGGCUUCUUUGGUGGCGGAUUCGGUGGUGGCCACGGCGGCUACGGCGGACACUAUUAUGGAUAAACGGGCCAGAGGCUGAUUCCUAGCCUGGCUUUGCCCGCGGCUGUGGCAGCGCCAGUGCAUUCGACGGGAUACAGACACCUUCACCGCGGGUGACAAUGGGCAACGCUUCACCCGACGGAAGAUAACGACAACAACUAAGGGAUACUCCUGUCAAACACAAAGAAACAAAUAAACAAUAUAUUUCUAA